GUUCCCUACCCUUUGGCAAACAGUUGUGAGUCUUUUCCCAACCUAAGACACACAGGCCUUUCCCUUAGGCUCCCCAGAUUCCCCCAACACCAGCAUCUAAAGAAUUAAACCCUGGCACAGCUGGGUUCCACCAGGGCCCAUUCUGUUGCUCAGCGUCUCCCCAUAGUGGUUGUGAAUGUUUUGCAUUUUAUCCUGGAUUAGGGCAGCCUUGAAUCUUGUCUUCCCCUCUGCCAGAGGCGACCAUGGCUCUCCCGCUUCCAGCACCUUGAAGAUGGCCCACCCAGAGGACAUGGCCUCUGCAGUCCCCAGCGAGGGGCAGAGGCUGGUCCUAAUGCAGACUAAUGGAGCACAUGAGAUCCCUCCAGGGGACCUCAGCACCCCAGCGCCACUUCUUCGCCUUCUAAGGACAUGGGGGGUAUGGCAGGUUCCAGAGCUGGAUGCCCAGGAUGCAGAAGCCUUUAUGAUGCAGUGGCCACUGGGGAGUUUCCUGGUCACAGGCCCUGACUCCAGCCAGGCCCUGGUACUGAGGACUUCACCGGGAGAAAUCAAUACCUAUCAGAUCCAGAAGUUUCCUGGAGGUGUGUCCUUGGAAUCCUCCAACCUCUGUGUGCCAGACCUGCUCCAACUUCUGGCCUUCCUCUCAGCCAGCAGGGACAUUCUUCCCAGGACACUGGUCCUCCCCCCUUCCCUUGUAGCGUCCGGAGACAGACAAACAGAUCCUCUGCAGGUUGGCAGGGUCCAAGCUGACACUUCCGGGAUAGUGCUUUCUGUAGUGAACCAGCUCUACCUGGACACCCAUGGAGGCUGGGGGCAGGAGCAGACCCCGGACCAGACGACUCAGGACCUCGUUCCAGCCUUCAGGAACCCUGCCCCGCACCGCAUCUCCUGGGUGGAAGGCCCGCCUAGCCCGGAAGUGCACCAUCCUCAGCCCGCUCUGGCCAGUUUAGUAGAUGAGAAGCAGCAACAGGAGGACGACAACUACAGAGAUGAAGAGGAAGACGCCGAGGAUGAGCUCACUGCUCACGUCCGCGUUCUGGCCAGGGCGCGGAGCAGCUACGUGGCCAGGCAGUACCGGGUCCUCCGAGCACGCCUCACCUCAGAGUCUGGGAGUCCCCACAGGCCUGGGGACCCGGCCACGGAGCUGCUGCAGGACGUGCGGCACCUCCUUACUGACCUCCAGGACUACUUGGCAAAGGACCCCGACGUGAGAGCUGUCUUCGGGAGCAGGGGGCCUCGGGUCCCCCAGAAGGACAAGGAUCUUGGUAAGGGGGAAGACUAAAAAGGAAACCCCUGCGGGCUUAGGUGUGCUGUCGCUUGGCCCCGCACAGGUGUUCACCGCCAAGUUCUUUGUCCCCGUGGGCGUACCAAUCUGGGUCUCGCACGCCCUUUCCAACCUAAAGCAGCGCCUGCUCCCCUCGCGGGGCCUGGGGGACAGAGCCCCGCCCUCGCCCUGCGGAGCCGCAUCCACGCUCACCUCGAGCACCUUCACGCCGCUUCCUCCCCUCGCCGGAAGGUGGCGCUGCUGCUGGCGGUGUGCAGUGACGUCUACGCUGGCCUGGCGGGCGGCGAGAACCGGGAGCCCGUAGGGGCCGACGCCUUCCUGCCCGCGCUGACCGAGGAGCUGAUCUGGAGUCCGCACAUCGGGGAGACCCAGCUGGACGUGGAGUUUCUUAUGGAGCUCUUGGAUCCGGAGGAGCUUCAGGGAGAGGCCGGGUACUACCUGACCACGUGGUUUGGGGCGCUGCACCACAUUGCCCACUACCAGCCCGACGAGGGCCGCGCGCCCCAGGGGCUCAGCUCGAAGGCCAGAGCCUCCCUGCGCCAGUGGCACCGCCGACGGACACUGCACAACGCUGCACAAAGAGAAUCAAUCUGGAGCUCAGGCCGACCUGUCUUUUGAGGAGCCGUGGGCAGUAGGGGCGGUGACUGCACCCGAUUUAUCAUUAGGGCUCUCAGAACCUCUGGUCUUCAAGCAAGAGGCAGGAGGCAGCUGGGACAACAUGUGGUUUGGGGGUAGCAAGGAGGAGUGCGGCCCGGAAAAGGGGCCUUUGCCUUGGCUGUCCUGCUGCCUGGCACGCUCUUCCCUAAUAUACACAGUGUUCCUCACUGGGCCCCUUCAGGUCCUGAGGCGGAUGUGACCUCAGUGAAGUUUUCCCAGACCCCCUUGCCUAAAAUGCAGGCCCUCCCACCUGGCCCACCCUGUGAUAGGCAGAAUAACGUGCCCCCAAAGAUGUCUGCAUCCCUGGCUAGGGAUUUAGCUUAGUGGUACCACUGCCUGCUUCACAAGCACAAGGUCCCAAGUUCCAUCCUGGGUGCCGAAAAAGAAAAAGAAAAAAGGUCCCCAUCCUCAUCCAUAAUCUGCGGUAAAUGGGGCCUUACAGGGGCGAUCACAUUAAGGACCAAGAUGAGGUUUCCCAGGAUUUUGGUGGCCCUGUGCAAUCACAAGGGUCCUUAUAAGAAGCAGGAGGGAAAGAGGAUCGAUAAGGCCAAGAACCAAGAAAAAAUGCAGACAUUCUAUAAACUGAAAAAAAGCAAGAAAUGGCUUCCCCUUCCAGAACCUGCAGGAGGAACUGCCCAGCUGUUGAUUUUAAACACCUAACACCCAUUUUGGACUUCUGACCUCUAAAGCUUUAAGACAAUAAAACUGUAUUUUUUAAAGUA